AUGGCAACUAGCGGCGCAGAGGAUGAACUGACUUGUGCGCUGUGUCUCGAGAUUUACAGUGACCCAAGACUUUUAUCUUGCUAUCAUACAUUCUGCCAAACUUGCAUAGAACAAUUAAUCAACAAAGGGGAAGAAAAAGGUAAAUUCAAUUGUCCCCUUUGUCGCUCAACGAUCAAAUCGACAGAAUUUCCUUCUAACAUUUACAUACAAACACGACUUUCAUUCAACAAAGAGAUAAUCAAAUGCGAUUUGUGUGAGAGUGAGGAGAAUAUCACAGUGAAAUGUAUCGACUGUGAUCAACUUUUAUGCAUAAUCUGCUCAGCUGUUCACCAAAAAAUCAAGCUGUGUAAAGAUCAUAAAGUGAUACAGUAUACUCAAACCGACACUGAAAGUCCUUCUUUUAAAAUCAAGAAAAACAGUUUCUGUAUAAAACACACAGAGGAAACUUUACGUUUCCAUUGCAUACAGUGUGAGGUACCUGUAUGCAGGGAUUGCAAGCAUACCUCACACGAGGGUCACAAAACCGAAGACCUUGACGAUCGUGUUCAAAUUGCUUCAGAGUGGAUAAGAUCGUACAGUAAGGGAAUCGAUUUAGAAGUUUGUAGUUUCAGCAAUAAGGUGCAAAGUGUUUUGAACCUAAAAAACGACCUUGAUAAAAAUAUUGUAAACGUACAACAAAGUUUAACUAUUUUCGAGGAACAGAUGUGUAAAAAAGUUAAAGAGGAGUGCGCUAAAACUUGGUCCGAAAUUAACAAACUUACAGACAAUCAGGCCAGCUUGAUCAAAGAAAAGAAAGUUGAAAUAGAUGCAUUAAUAAGUAAAAUUACCAGCAAGCGAAGAUAUAUUGAUUCAGUUGUUUCUAGUGGUACUGAUUCAGACAUUAUUUUUUGUAAAAAACAGCUGUCUGAAGGACCAGAAAUCUGCACGCCCAAUGAGUUGAUAAUAACUAUACCGACAUUUCUUGCAGUCAUACCCAAUAUCAAAGUUGGUCAGACUGUGGGAAAGAGGAUCAGCUUGACACUAGAGCCAAAAGUAAAGUUUAAGCAUACGUUUUAUGUAAACAUGAUGAAUAAGUCAGUUUCAUCAAUUUGUCUAAUAAAUAAAGAUGAAGCGCUUAUUUCAUUGCGUUCAGACGCAUGGAACCAAGGCUCACGAGUGAAAAACGUUUUUGCCUACUAUUCAUCAGGGAUGGAAAAAGAGGUUUAUUUUAUGCCACCUCAAAUGGAUUUAAUCACUGACGAAAAAGGGCGUAUUUAUUUCUAUGAAGAUCGCUUAGAAAAAUUAGAAGGUGGUUUGAUAGUUUAUCUUAAACCCGACGAAGAGAAUAAAACUGAACAUAUUUACCUUUGCAAGAGACCAAUCUCCAUGGACAUUCUGUCAAACGGAGACAUCAUUAUACUAGACAUUGACAAGAAAUUGUCGCGUAUUGACUUUGAUAAAAAAACGAAGAUUUGUACUUUCGACGAAGGUCACCUUACAUCGCCGAUUUCUGUUGCAAGUAGCAGAGAUAAUAAACUAUGGGUAGCAGAUCCGGGAAGCGGAAAAGUAGUUGUUUUUAACACAAAUGGAGAAAUGCUGUUCAAGUUUGAUGUAUGCCAGAUUCUAAAGUUAUCUAAGAAAUCAAAACCAAACAGUAUUUGUUUCUGUGAGAUUUUUAAUGUAGCGAUAGUAGCAGAUUCAAUGAAUAACUGUAUUUUCGCGAUAAGUGAAGAUGGGUGUUUUGGAGAGAUUGUUCUAAGUGAAUCUUUUGAUUUGGAAAGUCCUUCAUGUGUAGCAUGCAAAGACAAUUUGUUGUGGGUAUGCGAUAAAAGGAGCAGAAUACGCAUAUUUGAAAUGUUAAAGCCUUAA